AUGGUAAAUGACGAAAUAUCGAGAAACAUCUCCAGACGCACUUUCAUAAUAUUGUGCAAUGACACUGGUUAAUACCGGUACAUAAAAAACAUGUAUGGCAGAUACUGGAUAUUUCAUGGAAAGCAAACCAUUUACCACUGAAGUCAUUAAGCUUUUCUGUGUUUAGGAAUGAGUAAUAGAAUUCGCUGUUUUUCUAAAGGUGGUCAUAAAAUGGAUAAAGAUAACAAGGGCAAGAAGUCGGAGAAAGAUGAACGCCUCUCUAAGCGCUUGUGUUAUGUGCUGAGAUAUGGAGCUGUGAAGGAAGGACUCACGUUGUAUGAAGGAGCAUUCGUGGACCUUGAUCAGCUUCUUGAGCUUCCCCUCAUGCGACAUCACACAAGACAGGAGGUCAUUGAGGAAGCAGACAUUUCACUGUCACACAGAGGAGCGAAGAGGUUUGAAACGAAGAAAGAAAAUGGAAAAUUAUUAAUCAGAGCAUGUUUCUGCAGACACUUUGAAGAGAACCCCUAUCAUGAGGGAUCUAAUGUACCAAAACUAUCAGAGGCCUGUAUUCAGUUUGUGUGUACAAAUCUUCAAGAGUAUGAUCUGGAGGAUUUUCCAGAUGAGCAUCUUAUCAGUAAAAUGAUUCAGAAGAUGAAAAGACAGAGCAAGUUAAACAAUGCAGCUCUGAGACAGCUCUUGGUUCCAGUUCUGGAACAUCUGGAUCUGUCAGGAGUCUACAUUACUGACAGCACUCUGAAACUGGUGUGGAGAAACUGUUCAAACCUGCGAGUCCUCAGUUUGAAGGAUUGUGGGUACAUCAUGACCGACAGCAUAAUGGAACAGCUGGUCAAGAAACUGCCUCAUCUUGAGUCAUUGAAUCUGUGUGCGUGUAAACAUCUGACGGACAGAUCAGCAUGGGCCCUGUCUAAACACGCCCAUAACCUCAAAGAACUCAAUCUCAGUUGGAUUACGACAAUUUCCGAGACAUCAAUCAUCGACAUUAUGACGAACUGUUCACAGCUCGUGUUUCUAGAUAUUUAUGAUCAUCGAACAUCACAGGACAGCAGAAGAAUCAUAGCUGACAUUGCAAGAGAGCGGAAAAUGAAAAUUGUACUUAAAGGUCUAACAGACAAUGACAUAGCCCCAGAAAACCCAUGCUCUCUACUGCCAAAUUUUGGAAAGGUCUGGUAAAAUGUUUUCAACCAUGUUUCUUGGCCUUGCAUAUCAUGGUUUCUUCAUCUGAAAAUCUGUGCUCUGCUGCAAGAGUUCAAAACUAAAUGCUACAUUAUGGCAUCUCAAGGCCUUAAAUCACACUCAGGUGCAAAUGUAUAAGUUUUUGUUGUAGUCAUUCUGUGAUACAUUGCCCCUUGUCUUUCAAUUUAAUUCAUGAACUUAAAAUUAGUGUGCAAAAAAAUAUUUUAAAAUUGUAAUUAAUACAUGAAUAUAUAUACUGUGUGUGUGUGUGUGUGCAUGUGCGUGUGUGAUUUCAUUUGAAAUUGCUGAGAUGUUGAUUUUAUGAUUGAGACACAUAUUUGUUUAUCUGUGUAUGUUAUCCUUUAUGGCUAAUGAAAAAAUUAUAUCAGUUUAACUUAAAAAAAAAAUUUCAUUUUUA